UGCAUAUAUUGUUUUGUUGCAAUAGAUGCUGUUAUUGCUGAAUCUUGGUUUUUAAAAUUUUUAUUCUUAGCAGGACUGCCCAUGGUGUGUUCCUCGACACCCAUUCACUGUGUCACUGUGCAGUGAAUUACCAGGUUUCCUAGUAUCUCCCACCGCUUUCAGGUUUGCCCAGUCACCAGAAGGGAAGCCCCCUGUGUUUGCUGGAGUUCAAACCCAACCUACAAACAGUGCCUGGAAAUGGUUGCACUCACUGUAUUAGGAAAGGUAUCACUAAAGAAAGGUAGGCUUUGAUUAUACAUAAGAUAUCUCAGUUGGAGUUGUGUAGUUCUGCCUAUUUACAUAUAGCCAAAAAUGGUACUGCCUCUUCCUUACUUUGUUUAACAGCUUCCAGCCCUGUAGACUUAAUAAACACAUGCAAGGCUUUAACCUGACAUUCUGCUGUUACUUGUCUUAGGCAGCCUCAUUCUUUCUAGAGAACAGAUACAGAUCCUUGUUAUGGAGUCCACAGAAAAAGAGAAAAAGGAAGGCUUGAUUGAAUUUUAUGACUCCUUUGAAGAUAUGCUAAAGUUUUUCUGUGACAACACCACAAUCCAUGGCACAGUCCGACUUAACUGCUCCAGAGAAAACAAAAUGAAAACCACUUUCUGGCUCGUGCUUUACUUUGUCGCAUUUGCUAUGAUGUACUGGCAGUUUGGGCAAUUAACAGAUCAGUACUGGGCAUAUCCUACUAACACAAUCAUAGGUUUGCAGUCAAAGGGUAAAAUAUUUCCAGCCGUGACCAUCUGCAAUCUGAAUCCAUACAGAUUUGAUCAAGUUAAUAUGUAUAUUAAUCAGCUGGACCAGCUGGCAAAAGAAACACUCUAUUUGCUAUAUGAAUAUGAAUAUGAGGUUCCUGAGUCACCACAGCAAGUUGUUGAUCUACAGGAUUUGCUAAACAAUGUGACAGGCCAAUUCAACGGAAAUUUUAUCUUAGACCAAUCCAUUGUGUUACAGAAGUUGCAAGAGAAUGGUUCAGGCCCAGCUUUACCAGGGCAGAAGAAAUUUAAAGUAGGAUUUAAGCUGUGUAAUUCCUCAGGAGAUUGCUACUACAAAUGGUUCUGGUCUGGAUUUGAUGCUGUUCAUGAAUGGUACAAGUUCCACUACAUAAACAUUAUGUCCAAUAUACCCGCUGUGCUGAACAUAGCAAAUAAUUUUUCGAGGGAUUACAUUUUGACAUGCCAUUUUAAUGAGAUGCCUUGUGAUGAACGAGAAUAUGUUCAUUUCCACCACCCAAUCUAUGGAAACUGUUUUACAAUUAAUAACCAUUGGAAGGAAAACUCCUGGUACUCAUCCAGGCCCGGAAAGCAGUAUGGGCUGUCUAUCGUUGUGAAGACAGAUCUGCAUGACAACAUGCCUCUCCUGUCACAAGCAGCAGGUGCAAGAAUCAUGAUCCACAACCCCAACCAGCCACCUCUAGUGGAACACCAGGGCUUUGAUAUCAGGCCAGGAACUGAGAAUUCAAUAAGCGUAAAACAGGAAGAAGCAAUAAGAUUAGGUGGAAAAUAUAGUCAGUGCACAUCUGAUGGAAGUGAUCUUGGCAUCAAAAUACUUUACAACACAUCUUACACAAUGCAGGCAUGCUUAAAUUCCUGCUUCCAGUACAAAAUGAUUGAAGUGUGUGGAUGUGGCUAUUAUUUUUACCCACUGCCUCCUGGAAUGGAAUACUGCAACUAUAACAAGCAUCCUGACUGGGGGUAUUGUUUCUAUCAACUAUAUGAAAAGAUGCUAGACCACACACUUAUCUGCUUUACCCAAUGUCCAAAGCAAUGCAAGCAGACCGAAUAUCACCUUUCUGCAGGGACUGCCAAGUGGCCAUCUCCUGUGUCCAAAGCAAAAAAAUUGCUAUCCUUACAAGAAAGAUACAACAGUACCAGCAAAAGGAGUGAUAUUUCAAAGAUUAAUGUGUAUUAUGAAGAGCUGAGUUACCGGUCAGUUGAGGAAACACCUUCCGUGUCGGUGACCAUGUUGCUUUCCAGUAUGGGAGGAUUGUGGAGCUGGUGGUUUGGUUCUUCAGUUCUUUCUGUGGCUGAGAUUGCAGAACUAGUGCUUGAUACUGUGGCCAUGGUAAUUAUCGUGAUAUACCAAUGGAAGAAGCAGAGGGCAAAAAGGAAUGAUGGCACGAUUGGAACCGAUGCAGCCAGCAACAUCUGCCCUGUACCUUACAUCGACAGCAAGGCUUUCUCCUCUCCCCAGACUGGGCCGCCUGGAAAAGAAUUGGAAAGCAAAACAGAUGACCCCAAAUUCAACGGAGAAAUAAAUGACUUUUCCUAAGCAGUACAGGUUCAUUAAAGGAGAAGGAAAGGUUUACAAGCAGAAUGACUACAAAGGACAGAAAUGAAUGGAUGAGGAACUUAGCAGACAUGGAAUUAGCAAAAAGGUCUGGGCCCUCGACAUGCCCCCAGAGAAGAGAAAUUGCGGAAAUAUAUGUUAUAAUCUUCCAGCUCCUUGCGGAAACAAUUUGCAGCCUUUUCAUCACACUCACAGAUCAUCUUCUCACAGCGAUUACUUGCUUUCACUAGGAGAGAGGGAUCACAUUUAGUUAUAUACCACUAAGCAAUUCUAUUCUAUAGGAAAUGCAAACAUGAUAGGCAGAAAUGAGAAAUGCAAGAGCACUAAAGGGCUUAGAAGCUCACCCCUUAGUUCUCAUUCAGAGAUAAGUACAUUCAGAAGGUAUAUACAGGCCCCUGUUGCAGCCUAUGUUUACUUCCAAUCCCUAACCUCUGCUUCUGAUGAUGUUAUUAUUAGAGAAAGGUUAUACAUUGUAAGGCUGGAUUUUUUUUUCUAGAAAUGUGGUAACUCUACUAUCUAGUUAUUGAUUGAACUACCAUGGGUAUAGGGGUUGCCCAUUAGAGACAUUGGCCAUGGAGCACCUUGAAGAUACAGCAACAACUGAUGGAAGACGAAAUAUGAAAGUGUAUGUGUAGGUGUGCAUCUGGAGGGUGGGGGAGGCUGUGGGGAGCCCUGUCCAGAGGGUUGGGGGCCCAGGUGCAAAUUAUACACUUGGGCCCAUUUAAAUCCAGUUACACUACAGAUUAAAGACCUGAAUGGGCGAAGUACCUGGUUUUGCCUAUUUUGCAAACAAAGUGAAAACAUAUAUGCUCUAAACAGCUGGUCCAUGGGUAGCAACAAUGUAAGGCAGCAAUGCUAUCCACUGUGAUACACAAAGGAUAAUCUAGUGAACUGUAAAAAGAUGAGAUAUAUUUUUGCAUAGCACAAAGUAUAGGAAUGUCUUUGGAGCCUUUGGCUGAUUGAGAAGUUUUUUGGCCACCAGAAGCCACAAUUUAGGCACUUCUUCCUUGGCAACGCUCUGUGGGUGCAGGUGGAUAUUGCUAACUGGCAGUUAAUCCUGUUUAAGCCUUAGACGUUGGUCAGUAAAGGUUAGCAAGGCAAACUAAGGCCCCAUUAAGUAGAUUAGUAGGGUAGGAAAGUAUACAACUAUUUAUUAAGGGAAUGGGCUCUGAAUGCCACAUUUUCUGGAUGGCCUGAGGUAAGGCCCAGUCAGACACUUAUCUUUAAUCUUGUUAAACCAACACCCUGUCCAAGUCACAAUGGAUCAGUACAUAUCUAUCCCAGCUGACCCAUUUGUUAUACUUACUGCACUUUACUUUCUUCUCUUCCUCAAUAUAGAACCGGUAAGGCUGAGUAACAGGGUUGCAUCCGCUCAUUUCAGCCUUGUUAUAGCAGCAGUCCUGGCUGUGGCAGCACCUGAAUAAUACAGGUUAUACUAUGAUGAAAUGCAUUUGCAAAAUAAUUUGAAUAAAAUGAUUUAAUUUUCUGA